GUAAAUUUCUCCCUGUCAUCAGGUCGCGGGGAGACGAGGAGGAGGAGGAGUUUGUUAAUGUUCAGUUUGUUCAGCGGGAUCGAUGUUUGCUGGAAUCGCCUCGCCCUGUCUUGUGUGUGUGAGUGUGUGAGUGUGUGAGCGUGCGUGCGUGUGUGUGUGUGUGUGUGCGCGCAUAUGUGGGGGGUGUGAGUGUGUGAGAGGAAGCGCGAGUGCGUGCGCGUGUGUGUGCGUGUGUGUGUCUGUGUGUGUGUCUGCGUGCGUGUGAGUGUGUGUGAGUGAGUGAGUGAAUUCCAGAUUUUCUGUCUUUCCCAAACCCGCUCCUGUCCUCUCGCAUAUCAUUCACCGACGGGAAUCUGACAGCGGCCGCAAAUCUACAGUGAGUGAUCUCUCUCCCCCAGCGCGAAUCCGCCAUAGAGACCGGCGAGGAGGAGGAGGAGGAGGAGGAGGAGGAGGAGGAGGAGGAGGAGAGGAGGAGGAGGAGGAGGAGGAGGAAGAAGAAGAAAAAGAAGAAACCACUACCUUCCCAGGAUUGCCUUUUUUCCCCCUUAUCUUUACGCGCGCGUGUGCGUGUGGCGCGUGUGCGCCCCUCGUCCCUUCCAUCCGAACCCGGUCUUGGAUGUUUAAUAAAGAAAUCAAGUGUCUCAACAGUCACCAAAAAAAAAAAAGAAAAAGAAAAAAAAAAACCAAAAACCAAAAAUUUCCAAAAAAGCAAAAACAAAAAGAGAGAGAGAGAGAGAGAGAGGAAAACAAAAUCCAAAACAAACAAACAAACAAACAAACACGGCAGAACCAACCUCUGCUUCAAACCAGCCGGCACAAGCCACCCGUGUCUGCCGCCCGGAGAGGGGGGUCUCUGGCCCGUGGUGGAGGAGUUGCAGGGGGGAUCGCCAGGGGGACAGAGGCGGAGUGACGCCCUAGGAGCCACCGGGCAGGAGGCGGAGGACACCCAGAGAGGCGAGCGAGCAGCGGGCCCCCGCGCGCGGCUCGGGGCUGGUAGGACUGGAGCGAAGUAAAGCGAUGCCAAGGAGGAAACAGCAGGCACCCAAGCGGGCGGCAGGCUACGCCCAGGAGGAACAGCUGAAGGAGGGAGAGGAAAUAAAAGAAGAGGAAGAGGAGGACAGUGGUUCGGUAGCUCCGCUUCAGGGCAGCAAUGACCCGGGGACAGACGAGGAGCUAGAAACGGGCCCCGAGCAGAAAGGCUGCUUCAGCUACCAGAACUCUCCGGGAAGCCACCUGUCUAAUCAGGACGUGGAGAACGAGUCUCUGCUGAGCGAUGCCAGCGAUCAGGUGUCGGACGUCAAGAGCGUCUGCGGUCGAGACGCCGUGGACAAGAAAGCCAGCGCUCACCCCAAGCCUGCCAACGAAAGCCACAACUGCAUGGAUAAAAUGACCGCCGUCUACGCCAACAUCCUGUCCGACUCCUACUGGUCGGGCCUUGGCCUCGGCUUCAAGCUGUCCGGCGGCGAGAGGCGGCCCUGUGACCCGCGCAACGGCAGCAGCAAGACCGACUUCGACUGGCAUCAGGACGCGCUGUCCAAAAGCCUGCAGCAGAACUUGCCUUCCCGAUCCGUGGGGAAGCCCAGCCUGUUCAGCUCGGUGCAGCUGUACCGGCAGAGCGGCAAGAUGUGCGGGUCGGCGUUCACCGGGGCCAGCCGCUUCCGGUGCCGGCAGUGCAGCGCCGCCUACGACACCCUGGUGGAGCUGACCGUGCACAUGAACGAGACGGGCCACUACCAAGACGACAACCGCAAAAAGGACAAGCUGAGACCCACGGGCUACUCCAAGCCCCGGAAACGGGCUUUCCAGGAUAUGGACAAGGAGGAUGCUCAGAAGGUUCUGAAAUGCAUGUUCUGUGGCGACUCCUUCGACUCCCUCCAAGAUUUGAGCGUCCACAUGAUAAAAACAAAACAUUACCAAAAAGUGCCUUUGAAGGAGCCAGUGCCCACCAUUUCGUCGAAAACGGUCACCCCGGCCAAGAAGCGCGUCUUCGACGUCAACCGACCUUGCUCCCCCGACUCGACCACGGGCUCAUUUGCGGAGUCGUUCUCCUCUCAGAAGACGGCCGGCCUGCAGCUGUCGUCCAACAACCGCUACGGCUACCAGAAUGGCGCCAGCUACACCUGGCAGUUUGAGGCCUGCAAGUCCCAGAUCCUCAAGUGCAUGGAGUGUGGCAGCUCCCACGACACCCUGCAGCAGCUCACCACCCACAUGAUGGUCACGGGGCACUUUCUCAAGGUCACCAGCUCUGCCUCCAAGAAAGGGAAGCAGCUGGUGUUGGACCCGCUGGCCGUGGAGAAAAUGCAGGCUUUGUCGGACGCCCCAAACAGCGAUUCGCUGGCUCCCAGGCCGUCAGGUGACUCGGCCUCUGACCGUGCGGCCUCUACAACCGAGCCGAAGAGAGAGAGCAAAAAGGAAAAACCGGAGGAGAUCGGCAAGGACGAGAAAGUCCUGAAGAGCGAGGAGUACGAAGACGCUCUCCAGAAGCCGUUAGACCCUACAAUGAAGUAUCAGUAUCUAAGGGAGGAGGAUUUGGAAGAUGGCUCCAAGGGCGGAGGGGACAUUUUGAAAUCGUUGGAAAACACCGUCACCACGGCCAUCAACAAAGCCCAGAACGGGGCUCCCAGCUGGAGCGCGUACCCCAGCAUCCACGCGGCCUAUCAGCUGUCGGAGGGCGCCAAGCCUGCCCUGCCCAUGGGAUCCCAGGUCCUGCAGAUUCGCCCUAACCUCACCAACAAGCUGAGGCCAAUUGCCCCAAAGUGGAAAGUAAUGCCGCUGGUCUCUGUGCCCACCAACCUGGCCCCAUACACUCAAGUGAAGAAGGAGCCGGACGACAAAGACGAGGUCGCGAAGGAGUGUGGGAAAGAAAGUCCCCAGGAAGAGGCCUCACCUUUCAGCCACUGCGACGGGGAUGCUUUCUCCAAGAGCGAAACCCCUUCCGAGUCCAAGAAGGCUGAGUCUUGUCUCCUGAAGGAGGAGGCCAGGCUGGUGGAGGAGGGCGGCGAGCCCGAGAAACGCCCGCCCCUCGAGCCAGCACACUCCCUCAGCAACGGGUGCGCCCUGCCCACGCGUGCCCCGGCCCUGCCAUGCAUCAACCCACUCAGCGCCCUGCAGUCCGUCCUGAACAAUCACCUGGGCAAGGCCACGGAACCCCUGCGCUCCCCUUCCUGCUCCAGCCCAAGCUCAAGCACAAUGUCGAUGUUCCACAAGUCGAGUCUCGGCGUCAUGGACAAGCCGGGCUUGAGUCCUGCCCCCACGCGGCCGGCCAGCGUGUCCAGGCGCUAUCUGUUCGAGAGCAACGAUCAGCCCAUCGACCUGACCAAGUCCAAGAGCAAGAAAGCCGAGUCCUCGCAAGCACAAUCCUGUACGUCCCCACCUCAGAAGCACGCCCUGUCUGACAUCGCCGACAUGGUCAAGGUCCUCCCCAAGGCCACCACCCCAAAGCCCGCCGCUUCCUCGCGGGGCGCCCCCAUGAAGCUGGAAAUGGAUGUCAGGCGCUUUGAGGACGUCUCCAGCGAGGUCUCGACCCUGCAUAAGAGGAAGGGCCGGCAGUCCAACUGGAACCCUCAGCACCUCCUGAUCCUACAAGCGCAGUUCGCCUCGAGUCUGUUCCAGACGUCCGAGGGCAAGUACCUGCUGUCCGACCUGGGCCCUCAAGAGCGAAUGCAAAUCUCGAAGUUCACGGGGCUCUCGAUGACCACGAUCAGCCACUGGCUGGCAAACGUCAAGUACCAACUUCGGAAAACGGGCGGGACGAAGUUCCUGAAAAACAUGGACAAAGGACACCCCGUCUUUUAUUGCAGUGACUGUGCCUCCCAGUUUAGAACCCCUUCCACCUACAUCAGCCACCUGGAGUCGCACCUGGGUUUCCAAAUGAAGGACAUGACCCGCAUGGCGGUAGAACAGCAAGGCAAGGCAGAGCAAGAGAUCUCGCGGGUGUCGUCGGCUCAGAGGUCUCCGGAAACCGUAGCUGGCGAAGAGGACACAGACUCUAAGUUCAAGUGUAAGUUGUGCUGUCGGACAUUUGCGAGCAAACACGCAGUAAAACUCCACCUGAGCAAAACGCACGCCAAGUCACCCGAACACCACUCUCAGUUUGUCACAGACGUGGACGAGGAAUAGCUCUUCAGGACAAAUGCCUUAGUUUCAACUUUCCAGCCUGGAUCGCCUCACACUGAAUCCGUCUACCACCUGCUUCUGACAUUGAACUCCUCCUGACACCCUGCUCUGAGAAGACCGCCAAAAAAUAUAUAUAUAUAUAUCUAUAUAUAUAUAUCUAUAUAUAUAUCACCCCAGCCAUCCCUCUUCAUUCUUACUAACAAUUUGGUAAUGAAGUAUUGAUUUCCACUUCUCUGCUUAUGGACGAUAUUAGAUUUUCAUUGAUAAACUGCAAUGAGGCAGUCUCCUCUCCACGGUCCCCUUUCCACUGUCACGAGAAAACCAAGUGCCACUGAAGAAAAAUAAUGACUGAGAACACUGAUGUGCUUAUUUCGUCGGUCUGAAACACUUGGCAGGAAAGGGCGGGGAGGGGGAGGGGGGUAGCAGUCUUCAUAGUUCAACGUCCAAGCGAGCUGCACGAGAUGCAGACCCUUGGACGCUUACUUUUCACCGUAAUGUCCAUUUCCUAUUUAUAACCCCUCUGGGAACGUUUGUCUAAAGGAAAUGUUUCUGUUCAGAGCAACAAUUACGGUUGCACCUGGAUUGCCCAGUCCUGCCCCUGCACCGGGGAGCCAUGAAUCACCGCCAAGUGGAAGAAUUAUUAAGUUAGACCAGACUUGGAGCCAAGAAAACCUCCGAACUAUGUUCAUCUUCUGUGAAAGUUGUUCCAACAGUUGGGCUUAACCGUGUUGCUGCCAAAGACUCUUUCCCAAGCAGAGGCGGGCAUCCUUUUCUCGUGUCCUCGUCGGUUACAAAAACACGGUUUUAAGUGCGCGCGCGAGACCUGCAAGCUGGCAGCGCUGGGGAAGUUGGUGAAAUGCAGGAUCUGGACGAAAGCAAGAAGGUGAGAUGGCUGCAGGGUGGAAAGUGCAGCAGCUCAUCCUUCCUGGUGAUCUCUUUCCGCAGAACCUGUUGUUUAUGGACUUGGAAACACCGCUGAGCCCGAACGGCAACAGAAAGCAUGAAAUAAGGUGUCCAUUUUAAAUGUGUUCCUGCAACUUUUUUCAUUAAAACUUUGAGGGCCCAGUUUUAAUUUGCGGAAUAUUCCCGUUAAUAAUGAGAUCUAAUUAAGACAUCCAUUAAAAGCCCGUUAAAGUUAAUUUAACGUAAAAAUUCCAAUAGAGCUGUAUUAGAUUUUCUCCAUUAAAUUAACGUUAUGGAUUUUUAACGGAUGUCUUAAUUAUACAUUAUUAUUAACGGGAAUACUGUAUUACACAGAUUAAAAUCAGGUCCUAAGUCAACUUGGAAAAGCUAAGAGCAUGUUUUAAUAUUAAAAGUCUUGCAUACCUAGUGCACAGUUUGGAAAUUCAGGGGUAGAUCUGUUUACUCCAGUUGAGCAUUUUCUAUACAACUGAAAGCAAUCUAUAAAUAGAAAAAUCUAUCACUGCAUUUAAACAAUGAAUCUCCUUAUUCUCAAAGGACAAAUGAAGUCUGGAUUGUGUUAUAAACUGCUACUCAGCUAUAGGCGAAAUAUUUAAGCUAUUCUAGGUACAACACUAGGAACUAGAUGAUUCUGAAACAAACAAACAAAAACCAAUUUCCUUCUUGUUGUUGUUGCUUUAAUUACCAAGGUUAUCGCACACAAAAAAAGCUCAACACCAACAAAACGAAACCAAAUGUCUUCUUCACCAUUUCUCCUGGAAGCCGCCUGUUGAAAUUGCUUUGGAAAUUUUGACAUGAUCCCUAAAUUCAACAUUGGGAUUUAAAAAAAAAAAAAAAAAAAAAAAAAACUUCUUAUUUACCUCCUAGGGAAAGUGUUGCCCUUAUGCCACAUAUAAUAGCAAAUUGCUUUUUUUAUGGCAUGCAUAACCUAGAUGGGAAAAAAUAUGGCGCUUCGGGGAAGGAGGGAAAAAGUAAAUGAAGUUCCAGGAAUGUCAUUCUGAAGUAAUGAGGCAUGGACAGAAAAUAUACCCCUCACAUCAUCGGAUUGAGAUGGCAGUCGAAAUAGCUUCAUUGGAGUGUCAGUACUCAUCCAUCAAUCAAUCACCCACAAGAAAAAAUAGCAAACGGGGCGGCUUUUAUGGGAUUUACUCAUGGGCAUAGGGAAUAGCGGCUCAAAUGUAGUUCUGACAUGAAAAGCAAGGUGCUGAUAUUAUUUUUUAUGAUGGGAGGAUCAUAAAGUGAAUUGAGAACAGCGAGGUCUGUCUUUGCUCGACCUAUUCAACCAGAAAUGAAUGGAGCUCAACUGGAAAGGAACAGUCUUCACAUGGGUUAAGAUCGAAGGGUGGGCUCUACUGAGCACUGUCCUUCGACAACAAAAUUCUAUCAAAGGAAAAUCAGUGCAUUAGCAUUGGGGCUCCUGAAGCUGUUAAAAAUCGCCUGCUCCAACCCAGGGUUAUUGGAUCAAGUUACGUAAUCCAGAUCCCGCUGCUGCUACCCCUUCAGAAGCAGAUUCCUGAGCUCUUGUUCCAACGGGUGGGGGGGGGGACAGUACAAUUCUCAACUCCGUGGAAAUUGUUUCCCUUCUAAGAAAGAAAAAAUAAAUCAUCUGCUUCGACAUCUAA